AAGAUCGAUAUUAUAUUCUCAUCAGAAUUCUUGAGUGAAUUUUAAAGAGCGGGCGGGAAUUUUUCGCAAAAGUCCAGAUUUGACGUAUGGUACGUUUUGCAAUGGAACCCUCCAUACUAUUAUAAAGCUGGUAAUAUCUGCUGCUGACGUUACAAUCCGACGUUUGUUGUUACGCCACCAUGAGAUUUUCUCUAAUUCUUUGCCUGCUCCUGCUGGCCUUGUUUGCCUGCGGGGAUGCGGCGGUACCCAUCGUCAGUGGAUUUUUUCCGCCCCCAGGGAUAUGAGCACAGAGAACCUGCAGUUCCUGAGCAGCGAGCAGGCACUGGCAGACCUCGCUAACUUCCUUACCUGGCAGAGAAAACAACUGGGAGGGCCCAAGAUCAUCGUGUUUGGUGGCUCUUAUGCAGGUGCCCUAGCUGCCUGGUUCCGCUACAAGUACCCGCACAUUGCCCACGGUGCUGUGGCCAGCAGUGGUCCUGUCCUGGCCAAAGUAGACUUCUUGGAGUACAUGGAGGUAGUGGACGCCUCGCUGAGAACUUACGAUGGUCGUGGAGCUUGCAAUGACGCCAUUUCCAACGCGACCAAGCAGAUCCAGGCCAUGAUAGAAACAAAGGCAGGACGGGACAAGCUUUUCCUGUUAUUCAACCCGGCAAAUCAAGCAUUGACCAGGUGUGCAACGUCAUGACAGACUCCCGGAGGGGCUCGUACGUAGACAGAUUAGCAGCGGUUGUAAUGCCAGAGCCGCCCAAGUCCCCAUCUCAGAUGUGCCUAGAUUACAAGUACAGCAAAUACAUCAAGAUGAUGAGGGAGACAGAGUGGGGGCCGUCAGUGGGUGUUGGAAUGCGACAAUGGAUCUACCAGACAUGCACAGAGUUCGGGUAUUACCAGACCUCCGAUUCAUCACACCAACCUUUCGGGCACGGAUUCUCUUUACCAUAUUUCAUCAAGCAGUGCACUGACAUCUACGGUAAUCAGUUCAACAAGACACUUGUGAGUCGUGAUAUCGUGAGAAGUAACGAAGACUAUGCCGGUCUGGGACCCAAAAUGUCUCGCGUCGUGUUCCCCAACGGCUCGAUAGACCCAUGGCAUGCCCUGGGAAUCUUGAAGGACAUCGGGCCUGACGCUAAGGCCAUAUUCAUUAACGGCACGUCCCACUGUGAGAACAUGGGAUCGCCCUCCCCUAAUGACUCACCUCAGCUGAAGCAGGCACGGGCAGAGAUCAGAAGCUCCAUCGGGCAGUGGUUAGAGGCUGACACAGACUACUGAGGGAGGAACCUCACUGAAGUUUUGCCGGAGGUAUUCCCCGUCGAGUGUUUUCUUUAUUGAAACUGUUGUAUAAGUGCUGAGUCUUCUUUAUUUUUGGAAAUGUUAAUAGUAUUACUGUUGUUUUCAUUAGCUAUUGAUUAGUUUCUAUCAUGUGCAAAUAAAAGUGUUUUGUCAUAAA